AUGGCGCCACUCGGUCACGGAAGGAGCGACGGUCCACGGGCAACCGUGACGACAGCCGACGUGUACGUGGACGACAUAUUGAGUCACGUGGACCGCGUGCGCGCAAAGUUCACGGGCAAGCCCACCUUCCUCAUCGGCUACUCCAUGGGCGGCCUUCUCAUCCUGCUGGCUGUCCAGCGGCGGCCCGAGGAUUUCGCCGGCAUGGUCCUGCUCGCGCCCUUCCUAGGCGUUCAGCAGGUCUCGCGGUUCAAGAUGUCCCUCGUUCGCGCCCUGGGGCGCAUUCUGCCCAACGUUCCUGUGGCCAAGACGGCCGUAGAACUGGCGUGCAGGGACCCCGCAGCAGUGGACCAGAUGAAGGAUGACCCCCUGCGUUACCGUGGCAACGUGAGUGCCGGAUGGGCUGCCGCCAUGUUCAACGCGCUUGAGGUCGCCCACUCUCAAGUGAACGCUGUGGAGCUGCCACUUUUCAUUCAGCACGGCUCGGCAGACAAGAUGUGCGAUCCAGAUUCUUCUCGUGAUUUCUUCAAACGCGUUCCCAGCAAAGACAAGAGCAUCAAGAUCUACAACGGCGCGUACCACAGCCUGCUGAAGGAACCCGAUGGUGUCGGAGAGCAAGCCCUGAAGGACAUCGUGAACUGGUGCUCAUCAAGGCUCCCGGUUGAGGAGACACCGCAGCCACGCUUGGCCAGUGAACAUCCAAGUGAUGGAGCAACUGUAGCGGCGGUGGCAUCUUCUGCCUGAAACUCUACUUCAAGA